UGGCUGAUGAGCUGGUCAGGUGGGUAAUUAUCUGGUCAGGUAGGUGAUGAUCUAGUCAGGUGGGUGAUGAUCUGGUCAGGUGGCUGAUGAGCUGGUCAGGUGGGUAUUGAGCUGAUGAGGGCGUGGGUCGACCUCGUCUAUAAGUAAGGGUGGUGUGGCCGUCUUCAGCUCCGUGUUCUUUGUAGUUUUUCGGUCCCAACUCCGUGGGCUGGGCCUCCGCUCUUGCUCCAUCCACUUGGCGCACGCUCUUGCGCCGGUCGCAAUGAAUCGGACUUUUCUUCCAGCUUGGCCAGGAAUCUGGAUCUCCUGUCUCCUGGUCGCAAAUGUCACCUCCGUUGGGAGUUUCCCACCCCUCAACCAAGAUGAAGAAGGCGUUUUCGCUGACCAACGGCCACUUGGACGGAGUGAAGAGAUAGGUGUCGCCGAGCUUGCGGAGAGCGCAGAUGCGCUGGGCCCGAUUGAGACCAUGAAGAACAGAACCAAGAUUCUUCCCUCCCGGCUUGGAGAAGCACCCCCAGGAAUUCUCUACUCAAGCCCCCAGCCAUCCCCUCGGCACACCGUCACUCAGCCAUCCAUCCACUCUGUCACCCAGCCAUCGACGCAUCCAGUCCAAGAGUCUAGAGCUUAUCCAAUAGUCCUGAACAAUUCUACAAACUCAAUCCCACAUUCCUCCAGUAUUCCAAUCCCACAGUCCCCUUCUCAUGCAGUCUCACAGUAUUCCACUCAUCCAGACCCACAGUCUUCCACAAAUCCAAUAGUGCUUGCUUCCACUAGCUCCGCACCAAGGUCUUCCACGAACUCAGGACCACAGUCUACUGUUCCAAUCCCAGAGUCUUCCUCCACCGGCUUGGUCCCAGAGUCCUCCUCCACCGGCUCGAUCCCAGAGUCUUCAUCCACCGGCUCGGUCCCAGAGUCUUCCUCCACCGGCUCGGUCCCAGAGUUUGCAUCCACCGGCUCGGUCCCAGAGUCUGCAUCCACCGGCUCGGUCACAGAGUCUUCCUCCACCGCCUCGGUCCCAGAGUCUUCAUCCACCGGCUCGGUCCCAGAGUCUGCAUCCACCGGCUCGGUCCCAGAGUCUUCCUCCACCGGCUCAGUCCCAGAGUCCUCCUCCACCGGCUCGGUCCCAGAGUCCUCCUCCACCGGCUCGGUCCCAGAGUCUUCCUCCACCGGCUCGGUCCCAGAGUCCUCCUCCACCGGCUCGGUCCCAGAGUCUUCCUCCACCGGCUCGGUCCCAGAGUCUUCCUCCACCGGCUCGGUCCCAGAGUCUUCCUCCACCGGCUCGGUCCCAGGCUGUUCCACUAACUCAACCUCAGAAUUUUCAACAAAUCCCACAUUGCCCUCUUCCACUCCCUCUGCUACUGGCACAAACUCCUCUCGCCACCAGCCACAGUACAUAUUUAACGGCCACUCGAUCCUGCGCGAGAGAACUCGGCGAUACAUCGACUACGGAAUUUUGGAUUUCGAAGUGCCAGCCAAGUGUGGCAGCCGCCCGUUCGAAGAGUUCGCAGGCAUCGGACCCCUCCCGUCCGCCCCCGUCAACUUUGUCAGCCGCAUCGUUGGGGGACGAAACUCUGAGCCUGGAGGGCAGCCCUGGCAGGUCUCCCUAAAGCGUGGGUCAGCGCACUUCUGUGGAGGGACCAUUAUAGACACAAAAUGGGUGCUCACUGCGGCGCACUGCAUUCCUCCCAGGGACAGGAACUUCGAGAAGGCGCUGAGCGUGGUGGUGGGCGAGUACGACAUGGAGACGAGCGACGACGAGGAGCAGACGCUGCGGGUCUCCCGCGUGAUCGUCCACCCCAAGUUCCGGCCGCUCAACCCGGUCAACAACGACGUGGCUCUGCUGGAGCUGACCAAGGACAUUGUGUACGGGGUGAUGGUGCAACCGGCGUGCCUCCCGUACCAGGACGAAGAGUUCCUCGCGGGCACGCUGUGCACCGUGAGCGGCUGGGGGAAGAUGCAAGAGGACGGAGAGAUGCCCAACAUCCUACAGGAAGUGUCCCUGCCCUUGCUCGACCCGGAGCUGUGUGCACGCGUGCUCUCAGCUCAGCACCUGCCCGCGAUGGACCGCACCAUGCUGUGCGCCGGCUUUCCCAACGGGGGCCGGGAUGCCUGCCAGGGGGACUCCGGGGGACCCUUGGUGUGCCAGCGCCCGAGUGGCGCGUGGAGCCUGCACGGCGUGGUGUCGUGGGGGGUUGGGUGCGCCCGGGGCUGGGCCGGGGGUGCCGGGGGUGCCGGGGGUGCGGGGGGCGCGGGCGGCCGUGACGCCACACGGCAGGGCACCCCGGGCAUCUUCGCUCGCGUCGCCAACUUUCUGCCAUGGAUCCAGCAGCACAUGGAUGGCGGUAGCAGAGGAAGAAGUAAUCUCGGGAACUGCAACGCGACCGGCGUGAUCCUGACGGGGGAGUCGGGAACCCUCGCCUACCCUGUCCCAGACAACACGACCUACCCUGACAACACAUUCUGCGUGUGGACGGUGCAGGUGCCGGCAGGCAAGUCGAUCGUGCUCACGUUCACGCGGUUUGACCUGGAGCCGCACGUGAGCUGCGAGCUCGACCACCUUGCGGUGUACACGGACAUCGACGUCUACUCGGGCCGCUUCUGUGGAACGUCGCUGCCAGUACCCAUCGUGAUCCACUCCAACCAGACGACCCUCAAGUUCGUCUCGGACAAGAGCACGGGCGGGAGAGGCUUCUCUCUGCGCUUCGCAGCCGUCGACCCUAGUUCCCUGCCGUUCUCCGGCUGCGGUAGCCUCGCCGUGCUGCGGCGCGAGGGGGAGCUGCAGUCCCUGAACUACCCCCGCGGACGCCCGGCCGCCGCCGCGGGGGUCACCUGCCGCUGGCUGCUCCACGCCCCUCGUGGGAAGCGCCUCCAGCUUCGCUUCACCGACUUUGAGCUGGGCUCGAGCCCCAACUGCACGGACGACUACGUCGCCGUCUACGGCGACGUGGAACGCACGCUUAAACUCGCCCAAUUGUGUGGGGCUGGGCUCCCGUCGCCUGUGUUGAGCCCCGGGGAGAUGAUGAGCGUGGUGUUCGCGUCCGACCACGAGAGCUCCCUCAGAGGCUUCAAGGCCACGUUCUCGUUCCUCGCGCCAGAAGAGGCUGCUGCUGCAGUGGCAGAAGCGAGCGUGGACUCUGCGUCACCGACACCGCCCUUGCCUACGCUCCGCCCUGUGCCUCUCGAGUCGUGCGGCGUGGCCCCCGUGUCGCCGCGCGCGUCGGCGCGCGUGCUCGGCGGCGAGGAGGUGCGGCCCAACUCGUGGCCGUGGACGGCGAGCCUGCGCCUGCUGGGCGACCACGCGUGCGGCGCCGUGCUCGUCCACCCCCAGUGGCUACUCACGGCCGCCCACUGCUUCCGAAACGUGCGUUACCCCCUGUACUGGGAGGCGUUGCUGGGAGAUCACGACCGGACCCAGCAGGAGCCUACGGAGCAGACACGCAGGGUGUCUCUGGUCCUGUGCCACGAGCGCUACAACGAAACCACGGCGGACUACGACGUGGCGCUGGUGCGCCUGGCGUCGCCGGCACGGCUGGGCGACGCCGUGCGGCUCGCGUGUCUUCCGGAGGCGGCGCGGGACGUGGCGCCGUCGUCCGUGUGCGUCGUCACGGGCUGGGGCGCGCUUGUCCAAGACGGGGAGCCGGCCGAGCGGCUCCAGCAGCUGCAGGUCCCCGUGCUGGACUCGGCGCUGUGCGAGAGGGAACAUUACCCGCGCCAUCCUGGCGGCAUCUCCGCGCGCAUGCUGUGCGCGGGGUUCCCGUCCAGCAGCAACAAGGACACGUGCCAGGGCGACUCUGGCGGGCCGCUGGUCUGCUCCUUGACCAACGGCUCCAUGGCCGUGUUCGGGCUGACGAGCUGGGGCGAGGACUGCGGCAAGCAGGGCCGUCCCGGCGUGUACACGCGCGUCGCAAGCCUCCUGCCCUGGAUACAAGCGGCGCUGAGCCCUCCUCCCACGGCUCCUGCCCCAGCUCUCGUCCGCAAGUAUAAAGCCGGUCGACCCCACAAAAUGGCGUGGGACUGCUCGGGCGUUGCGCAGGUGGCGGUGGCGCCGUCGACGGAGGGGCAGCUGUCAUCGCCCGGCUACCCGGACUCGUACCCGGGCGGCCGCAGCUGCAGCUGGCUCCUGCGUGCGGGACCAGACCCUAACCCCCCAGAGGUUGGCACGGCGUCGCCACCGCUCUCUGUGGCGCCACCGGCAAUGGCGCGCGGCACCGCUCUGCAGCUGGUGCUGGAAGACCUGUCCCUGUACAACUCGACGGGCUGUGCGCAGGAUGCGCUGGAGUUGUACGAUGGGAACUCGCUUGCCGCUCCGCUCCUGGGCCGGUUCUGUGGGCUCCUGUCGCGACCGCUGCUGGUGCGCAGCUCUGGACCGCGAGUUCUUCUUCACUUCCGCUCCGGGCCACUGCCUCUGUCGUCCAACCGUGGCUUUGCAAUCAAAUACCUGGCGGUGCAAAUGCCAGGACCUCCAGUGCAGCUGCUGGAUGGGAUGGUGCCGCCAACCUCCAACUCCACUCUGGUCGUCUCGGCAUCGCAUGGCCCAGCGGCCCCCACCGCCUCCGCGGCCCCCACGUCCCCCCCCGUCUCCCCUAUUCCUCCACGACGACCUCCUCCACUCUACCACCGUCCCUCCGAGGUAGCCGCCAGCCCCCAGUGCGGCGAUCUGGUGCUUGAGCAACCCGCGGGGACGAUCUCUUCUCCCGCCUUCCCGUGGCCCUACCCGCCACACGUACGAUGCUCGUGGCGAGUGGUGGCCCCCAACUCUGCGCUAAUCCGCCUGGACUUCGCGAGCUUCUCGACGCGCGUGAGCUCCGCCGGCGACUGCACGGACUCGCUCUCCGUCUACGAGCUCAACGCCACCGCCGACACGCGCUCCCUCGUAGCACACCUGUGCGGUCAAACGCUGCCCCCACCACUGAAGACGGGUCACGACAUCGCGUUGGAAUUUGUGGCGGGAGGUCCGGGGAAGCCAGGGGAGCUGAGAGGUUUUGCUGAUGACCUGGGAUUCAACUUGACCUAUGCAUUUCAAGAGCCAAUUGCAGAAUUACCCAGUGUGCCAAGUGGCAGCCCAUCUGCUCCUGGAGAAACGGCAGGCUGCCUGGCGCUUGAGGUGGUGCGCGCGGGCCCCGCGGGGGGCUUCGUGUCGUCGCCGGCGUACCCGCAAGCAUACGGUGCGGGCCUACAGUGCACGUGGACGCUCUACUCGGUGUCAGGCGCUCCGCUCCGCGUGCACGUCCUCGACGUGGACCUGGAGACGAGCCCCGGGUGCGCGUGGGACGCGCUGAGCCUGCACGACGGGCCCGACGUUAGGGCGCCCCUCCUAGGUUUGUUCUGCUCGCAGAGCCCCCCCACGUCCGUCGUCUCUUCGGGGCCGCUCCUCACCGUCGCCUUCCACUCGGACUUCGCACUUGGGGGCCGCGGCUUCCGCUUGCGCUUCGAGGCGGGCGACGCACUCGAGGCCCUCCCCAGCGUCCCACCCGGCAGCAGCCCCGCACCGCCGACCCCUGUCCUCGGCAGGGCAGCCGUGGGCGGUGGACGACGCCUCCUCGGUGCCACCGCGUCGUGCGGGGCGCCCGUGACCCGCGGCCUGCACGGGACUGCGGCGGCCGGCAGCGCUCGCGUCCUGGUGGACCCCGUGCUGGGGCUGUCGCGCGUCGUCGGCGGAACGGAGGCGGCGCAGCGCGCGUGGCCCUGGCAGGGCAGCGUGCAGUACGGGCAAAGAGGUCACUACUGCGGCGCCACCCUCAUCCACCCCCACUGGGCCAUCACGGCCGCGCACUGCGGUGUCAGCGCUGCCUCCGACACACUGGUCCUGGGCCUAAACGACCUGCGGGAGCGUGGAGGGGACGGGCAGCGGCUGCAGGUGGCGCGUGUCAUCACCCACCCGGGUUACGGGGGGAUGCCCCCCCAAAACGAUCUGGCGCUGCUGCAGCUUGCAACACCCGCUCACAUCGGUCCCAGUGUGAUGGCUGUGUGCCUGCCCAAGGCUGGAGAGGAGUUCGAGGAGGGGAAGAUGUGUGUGACGACGGGAUGGGGGUCCACAGACCCAUUCGACGAGGUGUACCCUGACCAGCUGCAGCAGGCCACGCUGCCCCUCAUCGGCACCGAAGAGUGCGGGAAGCGCUGGGGGCUCGAGGCGGUGACGGCCGAGAAUGUGUGCGCGGGCGCGGCGGGGGCGUCCUCGUGCUUGGGUGACUCGGGGGGACCGCUGGUGUGCCACCGCGGCGGGUUGCACGUGCUGGUGGGCGUCGUGAGCUGGGGCAGCGAGACGUGCCAGCCCAACGUGCCGUCCGUCUACACCAACAUCGCCAGCCACACCUUGUGGAUCGCUGAGAUGACGGGAGGUGUCGUGUGAGCGGGGCUUCGGUGGUGUAUCCCGCCACCUCCCACCCCCCCCUGCCUGUACUCCGUUUGGAUGUUUACCCAACAGAGCUUCGCUUCUGGUUUGGAAGCACCUGUGGAAUGACAGGCAGCAGUAGCAGCUCGACAGCAACCCAAGCAAUUUGUGAACUUCUAGCAACCCUUGCAGCUUGGCCUAUCGCAUUCUGGCAACAGUUUACACCUUUGCGACAUUUUAGCAACCCUUACGGAUAUCCUAUCACAUUGCAGCAGUCAUUGUGUAGCAGUUUUGCAUAUUUGCAGGCAACUUCUCAAUGCGUUUAUUUGUAAUUGUAAUUUUUUUGUGAUGUGGGGGGGGAGAAUCUGUCUGUUUCCACUAAGGUGGCGUUCUGCGUUUUAUCAGUGUAUUCUCACAGCUGCUAUGCGGUUGACCUUAAUUUGGCACGUGUGGUUUGAUAAUGAAUAGUGUGGAUUGUUUUUCAAGAAACUUGUAUACUUGGUACUCGGCUAAAAUCAAUUACUCUGCUCUUGUUGCGAUUUUAUUUUCGCUUCUGUUCAGUAGUUGCCAUCGGGCAGGUAUUGGACGGUCAUUUGCAAGCCACACCAGUGAUUGGGGCCUGUGAAUCUGUCGGGAAAGAGGGGGCUCAACUAUUUUCUGACUUGUGUUGAGCACAGGUCCCGCCCGAGGACCCGCAGCAUGCUCCUUUGUGAUCUCUGGCUCUGUCAACUGAAUAUGAAAAUAAAUUCUCAUUUAUUUAUUAACCCUCCUUCAAACAGGGUCGGGGCAAGCAGCAGCUAGAGCAAGCUGCUUGCCGUUUCUUGUGGGGGCCCCUUUGGUUUAGAGCAGAGAAUGUGGGGUCAUGUGUCCUGGCUUUUAGGGGCCUUGUUUCCCCCCCUCCCCCUCUGCUGUCUCUGCCUUUCAGCAGUGGUGGUGUUUUAAUGACAAUGACAGUUAAUGUACGAUUGUGGUUUUGGCAUGAGGGAAUUUCCAAGUUACCUUUUGCCUAGGUCUGUAACCCAAUUAUAUUUGAUCUCGCUGGGGUGCACCUCUUAGUGUCCUGGAAAGGGGACGGGGGUGGGAUACACGAUUUUGAGAAGCUACUUAACCCUCGUGCAAUAAAAAAUAUAUAUUUGUCUGUUG